AUGCGAUGGAGAGCAAGGGAGAAUGGGGAGUGGGGUCGAUGCGGGUUUGAGGAACCUGCACCCGCGUGCUUUGGUGCUUGGCUUGCAGGGAUUAGCGUGUGUGAGUCAGAAGGCCGAGAUUUUGUGGGGCUAAAGAAACGGAAUGGGGAGAGUGAGCGAGGGCGAGAAGAUUUUUGGGAGAAAGCGGAAGAGGAGGAGGAGGAGGAGGAGGAGGAGGAGGAGGAGGAGGAGGAGGAGGAGGAGGAGGAGGAGGAGGAGGAGGAGGAGGAGGAGGAGGAGGAGGAGGAGGAGGAGGAGGAGGAGGAGGAGGAGGAGGAGGAGGAGGAGGAGGAGGAGGAGGACGAGGAGGAGGAAGAGGAGGAGGAGGAGGAGGAGGAUGAGGAGGAGGAGGAGGAGGAGGAGGAGGAGGAGGAGGAGGAGGAGGGGGAGGAGGAAGAGGAGGAGGAGGAAGGGGAGGAGGAGGAGGAAGAGGAGGAGGAAGAUGAUGAGGAGGGUGUGGGCUGA